AUGGUUAAACCAUUGACCUUUAAAGGCGACAAAAAAGUCAAGAAGCGCAAGCGGACAGACGCCGAGAAAGCAUCCCGCGAUGAUGUAAACGACGAAACAGACCAACAGGUCCAAAAGACUACCACCGAAGAAGCAGAGAAUGACGAUAGCUGGGUAUCCGCCGAAGCAACGACAGAUGUCUCUGGACCCAUCAUGAUUGUUCUACCGACAGAUACACCUUCAGCUCUAGCUUGCGAUGCGGCAGGAAAGGUGUUUACAGUUCCUAUUGAGAACAUCGUCGAUGGGAACCCUGCCACCGCCGAACCGCAUGAUGUGCGCCAGGUCUGGAUUGUAAAUCGCGUAGCUGGCACAGAGAGCUUUCGCUUCAAGGGCCAUCACGGACGAUAUCUCUCUUGCGACAAGAUCGGAAUGCUCUCCGCUGAUUCAGAAGCCGUAUCCCCCCUCGAAUCCUUCAACAUAAUCCCCACGGGCGACACACCAGGAACCUUUCAAAUCCAGACGCUGCGCGAUACAUUCCUCAGUAUUAAAAACCCCAGCAAGGCGUCUUCCAAGGCAUGCGACGUGCGAGGCGACGCCGAUACUAUAUCAUUCGACACAACGUUUCGCAUCAGGAUGCAGGCGCGCUUCAAGCCCAAGCUACGCGCGUCAAAGGAGGAAAAGGCGCUUGCCAAGAUCAGCCGACGUGAACUAGAGGAGGCGGCGGGACGAAGAUUGGAUGAGGAUGAGGUGAGGAAGCUCAAGAGGGCUAGGAGGGAGGGAGAUUAUCAUGAGAGGUUGCUUGAGAUCAAGGUCAAGAUCCGCUAA